CAAUCAUUCAUGGUAUCAUUCUAGGUUGCCUACCCAUAUAUUGCCAAGCGUCUUUUGACAGAUCCUAACCCCGCACUCCGUGAACGCCUCAUACAGGUCCUUUUUAAAGAUGGAGUUUUCCAAUGGAAACGGCUUGAAAACCUUAUAAUACUUGCAAAGGAAAAUGUGGCAAAGAUGAGUAGUAACCCUGCAUUGCAAGUGAAGAACAUGCAAGGGUCAAGAGAUUGGCAGUUUGAAAGGAAAUUGGAUCUGACUGAUACCAUCAAGGAUGGAGCUCGCCUUUUCCUGCUUGAUGCAGGGAUACGGAAACAGCUCCUUCUUGCUCUGACUGAAGACUCUAAGCUUCAUAUUCAAGAGCUUUUGGAUGUAUAUAGACUGAUUGAAGGUGAAAUUAAUAUACCCUCAGUGGCUUUGGAGAUCGUACGAGAUAUACCAGAUGUUACAAGGGAUUUAAUGCUCUCAUGGAGCAAUUCUGUUUUAUCAGACCAAUGAUUCAAUAUCCAAGUUUGCUUCCCACAAAUAGAAGCAUCAAGUUGUUUUUUGCUAGAAUUUGGGCACCUACCAAAGGGCUUGUAGUCCUUUUUUUUUUUUUUUUUUUCCUGUGGUAAGAGCCCUGGUGUUGAAAUCUUUUCAAAUAUACCGAAAGGAGUUUUUUUUGUAAUUCAUCUGUAUAUAAAAUAUAUUGAUGAUCCUAUGAACAUCUGAAAGAGGAAUCAAAUGGAAAUGGAGUUUCUUAUUGUUUCU